AGCCAUGUUGGAGCUACAGUGGACUCGGACUGGGAUUUUCUGACGCCGUAUGUUUUUCCUAAAAAAUCUGUUCCCAUACAUUGUUGGAGUUCGUCAACCGUGCGCUAUCGGCGCCGUAAUCGGCAGUGGAAAUGAUGAACUCCAGUGUCGACCUGUCCCGGCGGAAUCCGCAGGAGGAUUUCGAGCUGAUCCAGCGGAUAGGAAGCGGCACAUACGGCGAUGUGUACAAGGCUCGUAAUGUCAACACAGGAGAGCUGGCUGCUAUCAAAGUCAUCAAACUGGAACCGGGUGAGGACUUUGCUGUCGUCCAGCAGGAGAUUAUAAUGAUGAAGGACUGUAAACACUCCAACAUCGUAGCCUAUUUUGGCAGUUAUCUCCGGAGAGAUAAGUUAUGGAUCAGUAUGGAGUACUGUGGAGGAGGUUCACUGCAGGAUAUCUAUCACGUAACCGGGCCUUUGUCAGAGUCACAGAUAGCCUACAUGUCACGGGAGACCCUGCAGGGUUUGUACUACCUACACAAUAAAGGCAAAAUGCACAGAGACAUCAAGGGAGCCAACAUCCUCCUGACAGACAACGGCUAUGUUAAACUAGCUGACUUUGGUGUAUCGGCCCAGAUCACAGCAACUCUAGCCAAGAGGAAGUCGUUCAUCGGAACUCCGUACUGGAUGGCUCCAGAGGUAGCAGCAGUGGAGAGGAAAGGAGGUUACAACCAGCUGUGUGAUAUCUGGGCUGUGGGCAUUACUGCAAUAGAGCUGGCUGAGCUACAGCCGCCCAUGUUUGACCUGCACCCCAUGAGGGCUCUCUUCUUAAUGACCAAGAGUAAUUUCCAGCCUCCCAAGUUGAAAGAUAAAGUCAAGUGGACAAAUAACUUCCACCAUUUUGUCAAACUCGCCCUCACCAAGAACCCAAAGAAGAGGCCCACAGCUGAGAAACUGCUGCAGCACCCUUUUGUGUCGCAGCCUCUCAGCAGGACGCUGGCGAUAGAACUGCUGGACAAAGCCAACAACCCCGACCACAGCACCUUCAAUGACUUUGACGACGAUGACCCUGAGCCAGAGUUUAAGUACAGGGGUCAUUUCCUACCCAUAAGCCCCGGUGCUCGACGUGCACCCCGUUUUGCGGCCCGUAGGAAGUCUCCGGUCUCUGUUCCUCAUCGUAUUCGUUCCACCAGCAGGAGCGCCAGGGAGGGAAAGACGCUGUCGGAGAUUAACUUUGGUCAGGUGAAGUUUGAUCCUCCCCUGAGAAAGGAGACGGAGCCUCAUCAUGAGCCGUGUGAAUCUGAGCCCUAUCUGGACUGUGUUGAGGAGCUCUACUAUACCGCGAGAUCUAAUCUGGACUUGCAGCUGGAGUAUGGACACGAUUCACCAAGUCUGCUGGGAGGAAACAAGAGUCUUCUCAAAUCUGUGGAGGAGGAGCUACAGCAGAGGGGCCAUGUGGCACACUUAGGGGAUGAUGAUGAUGAGGAUGAUGAUGGUGCAGAUGAUGAUGAAACUCACACUCAUAAAUCAAGCACUAUCAUGAGGCCAAAGGUCCCGCCUCCACUUCCUCCCAAGCCGAAGUCGAUCUGCUCAUCCCAGCCCCCGCAGCAGCAGCAACAACUAAAACACGACGACAGCCAUUCACACAGCGAGGACGACGGCGGAGGCGGAGGGACCAUCAAGCGCUGCCCAGUCCCACAGACGCCAAGCCCCGCCAAGCCCGCCUCCAACGUCCCCCCGCGGCCCCCGCCCCCGAAGCUGCCACCCCACCGCCGCAGCAGCCUAGGUAACGAGAGCCCGAAGCGCACGGACGUCGAAAACUCUGCCCCAGAGGAUGAUGGGAGCUUUAGGCAUUUCUGGGAGUGGCUCCACACGCCUCACACAGAGGAGGAGCUGGAGGAGGCUUGGGAGGUGCUGAAGGAGGUGAAAGAGGAGCAGGAAAAAGAGGAGAUAAAGGAUAAGAGGAAUGGGUUGAACACAGCGCCACACGGUGGUGGGGAGAGGGAAAGUCCAGCAGACAGACAGUCCACCAUGCCCCCUAGUGUCCCCAUACGGAAAGACAAGAAGGAUGUCCCGAAGCCAAUCAGUAAUGGCCUCCCCCCGACACCCAAAGUCCAUAUGGGUGCGUGUUUCUCCAAGGUGUUCAACGGCUGUCCUCUGAAGAUCCACUGUGCCACCUCCUGGAUCAACCCCGACACCAGAGACCAAUAUUUGAUAUUCGGAGCUGAAGAGGGAAUCUACACGUUAAACCUUAAUGAGCUGCACGAGACCUCGAUGGAACAGCUCUUUCCCCGGCGGUGUACCUGGCUAUAUGUCAUGAACAAUUGUCUUCUUUCCAUAUCUGGAAAAGCCUCUCAGCUGUACUCCCACACUCUGAGCGGCCUGUUCGAACAGGCCAGACAGUUACAGAAGUUACCAGUAGCCAUUCCCACACACAAGCUGCCUGAUAAGAUGAUUCCCAGGAAGUUUGCGGUGUCCACUAAAAUUCCAGACACUAAAGGGUGCCAAAAGUGCUGCGUAGUUCGUAACCCGUACACAGGCCACAAGUACCUGUGUGGAGCCUUUCAGUCUAGUGUCAUGCUGUUGGAGUGGGUGGAGUCCAUGCAGAAGUUCAUGCUCAUCAAGAACAUCGACUUCCCAUUACCGUGUCCGUUGGAGGUCUUUGAGAUGUUGGUGGUCCCGGAGCAGACGUACCCUCUGAUCUGCGUGGCCGUCAGUAAAGGCACCGAACUCAACCAGGUGGUCCGGUUCGGCACCGUCAACCCCAACUCUACCUCCUCCUGGUUCACAGAAGCAGACACACCACAGACGUGUGUGAUCCACGUCACACAGCUAGAGAGGGACACUAUCUUAGUCUGCCUCGACAGGUGUAUAAAGAUCGUGAACCUCCAGGGCAGGUUGAAAUCCAGCAGGAAGUUGUCAGCUGAGCUCACCUUCAACUUCCAGAUUGAAUCCACGGUUUGUCUCCAAGACAGUGUUCUGGCCUUCUGGAGGCACGGCAUGCAGGGACGCAGUUUCAAGACCAAUGAGAUCACCCAGGAGAUCUCUGACAGCACACGCAUCUUCAGACUACUGGGAUCAGACAGACGUUCUGACCGAAGAGAUCCAGAGGAAAGAGGUCGCACUCGGCCCAGGGUGGUGGUGCUGGAGAGCAGGCCUACAGACAACCCCACAGCCCACAGCAACCUCUACAUCCUGGCAGGCCACGAAAACAGCUACUGAGACACACACAGACACACACACAUGCACAUAAACACACUCUCUAAACAGCCUACCACUAAUGCAAACAAGGGAGUGAGCGACCGGGAGACACACUCAGCCCCAACCUUACCGCUAACCCACCCACCAGACCUCCUGUGUAACUGGGAGACGAGCCGUUCAUGGGUGCAGAUGUGGAUUCCCAGUUGUUUAUAAAUGCACCGCAGUGUUAUAUGUGUAUUAGUUAAGCGUGUUGUAGUAGGGCGGCAGGUUGUGGAGCCGUUCCCGCUGUUAAAACCGCUGGUCCCAGGCCAGUUUGGGUUGAGAUAGCCGCGGGAAUCUGCACCUUAGUCGAGCGACUUCAACCCAGAAUCCUUCCUGACACCAUCCCACCUUUCCCUGCAUACUGCACACUGGGAAAACCGCAUCCAGCACAGAAGUCUGACGCCAACACUACUUCUACUACUAGUUCUACACAUACUACUACUACUACUGCUACUUGCGCUAAAGCUUCACAGAAGAGCCAUCUUGCACAGAAAACCUUUCAUCGUCCUUCCCUCUGUCUCCCUUUUUUUUAAACUACACCUUUAUUUAUUGUGGCAUGAUGUAACUUUAACAACCAGGAUGGCUUUCCUGUUUUAUUUGUUUUUUAAAAAAGAAAAGAAAAAAAAAAGAAAA